AUGCAGUCUGCUCACGGAAGCCAAGUUGUGACCCCGGCGGAGAAGUUCAGACUUCAGCCUCUUUUCCCGUCGGGGACCGUCAUCGAGUUCCCAGCCUCGGAACCGCGGACGUGGAGAGUGCUUUACGUUCUCCUCAGAACGUGAGUUGCUUACAUCUUCUGUAGUCUUUUUGAUUAGCUUGUUCAGGUGCUAUAAACCACUGAUGGAUCUCUGCCCAGCCGGAGCAGCGAUCGACUGGAACAGAAAUCUGUCCAAGAUCACCAGAGAAGACGCGGACGUCUUCUCGCUCGUUUAUAGCGAGCUUUUCGAGCAGAAAUUGGCCGAGGUGAGUAUACUUUUGAGAUAGCAAUUAGAUAAUUGUUUUUUCAGAAGCCAAACAAAUCGCUGGCCGCCGCGAUGCCCGACUGGCAUCUCCCCCGCUGCACUCUGAAAGUGGCGAUGGAGAUUUCGACCAUUGCUGCUCAGACGAGCAUCCAGAGCCCGCAGCAGCUGAACAGGCAUUACAAGAGUUUCAGCUCUGAAGUAAGUACAAUCAAUACAUGAAAUAGUAAGACUCUGUGAUUUCAGACAUAUGGCGAAACGAAUCUGGAGCAGAUGGCCAGCAUCCUGGACGAGCUGCGUCUGGGACCGGAGGACGUCUUCGUGGACUUGGGCAGUGGAAUUGGCCAAUUGGUCUGUUUUGCGGCCACCUACGCAAAUGUCAAGAAGUGCGUAGGCGUCGAAAUUGCCGCGCUUCCUGCCCAGCUUGCGUCGAGCUACUCGGAUUGCUUUAAGCAGUAAGUAAUCAAAAUCAUUUUUUCGUUAUCUUUUUCAUUUUUCAGAUUCACGGCUCACUUCGGGAAGGAGUGCUCUGAGUUCGAGCUGCACCAGGGCGACUUCCUUGCCCCGCAGUUCAAAAAACUGAUCUGUGAAGAGGCGACGGUUAUCUUCAUAAACAACUUUGCAUUCGACCCUCAAUUGAUGCACCGAAUUGUCUUCGAGCUGCUUCAGGAGCUGAACCACGGUGUUCGCAUUGUGACGUCCAAACCGUGAGUCAAAGUUUAAGCACUCUCAGUUGUGAUUGUUCGAUUUCAGGUUCACCUCUCCAAAAGCCGAGCUGAAUUCCCGCGGAAUGACGGACUUCUCGGCAAUGUCGGAUUCGACCACGCUCAAGUCGAUCGACAACAACGUCUCCUGGACUUCGAACACGAUCACGUUCACAUUGACGACCGUGAACCAUGAAAAGGUAUUUAAAUUAUCAAAACUUCUUUUAAAAACACGAUUUCGUUUCAGCUGUUCACCCACUUCGAACAAAAUGGAGCAGGAAGAAGAGCAGGUGCGCGAUCGAGCCGAAGACAGGCGACAGCGGAAUCAGCGGCGCCAGCAGAGCAAGAAGGAGCCACAAAUCGGCAAGAAAGAGCGACGACUUCGAGAAGCGGACUCAAAAAGGUCUCGAAGUCGGUCAUAAAGAAGCCGGUCAAGUCGAACAAAAAGUAG